GCAACUGUCUCUUUAAAUUCCACAAAACCAAAUUAAACUCCCACUAACCCAUUUAUCUGAAAAUCCGGGGAAAGAAAGAUGGAGCCGUUGAUUGAAGACGAAGAGUACAGCUUCAGGGAAGUGGUGUUGCCGUCGCUGAUCCCGGUCGUGCCGGAGCCGGAGCUAGAGAGGGAGAACGGAGAGAGGAGAAGAGGGAGAGAUGUGAUCGUGGCCGUUGAUCAUGGUCCCAACAGCAAACACGCUUUUGAUUGGGCUCUCGUUCAUUUCUGCCGCCUCGCCGAUACCCUACACCUCGUCCACGCCGUCUCAAGUGUUAAGAACGAUGUUGUGUACGAGACGAGCCAAGCACUGAUGGAGAAGCUCGCUGUUGAGGCCUUUCAAGUUGCCAUGGUGAAGAGUGUGGCUCGUGUUGUUGAAGGGGACGCUGGUAAAGUAAUCUGCAAGGAAGCAGAGAUAUUGAAGCCUGCGGCUGUCAUUAUGGGUACCCGAGGCCGGGGCUUAGUGAGGAGUGUGCUACAAGGGAGUGUAAGCGAGUAUUGUUUCCAUAAUUGCAAAUCCGCUCCUGUCAUUAUCGUUCCUGGGAAAGAAGCUGGAGACGAAUCGAUUGUCAGUUGGACAAAAUCUGGAGAUCCUAAACCCUGAAGAAAAUAGCUCUCCAGUCUCUUUGUACCUUUUAUCUUGCUCAUUGUAGUUGCAGUCCUUGUUUCAGAAUGUGUUGUACUUCAAGUAAUUGUCUUUUGCUAUUCUUCUUCUUCUCUGUGUGAAUGUGUUUUGUAGUUUCAAGUUUUGUUUAUAAAAAAAUAACAUUUGUUAUGUGUAUGAAAUGGUGUGGUGUUGUGAUGUUA